GGAAUCAGGGAAGCGCGUCCGACGGUUCGCAUCUCUACCAAGCUCCCGUUCUUCGGACCCCAGGCACUAUCAAGCGAGGCCGGCCCUUCCGCCAGCCCACCACACCCCACACACGCCUAUACCCCGCGCGCUCUCCAAUUCGGCGGCCGCUCUACCUGCCACACGGACCUUCCUUUUUUCCCCCUCUUCCGUCUUACCUCCGCGCCAUGUUGUCGGAGUCUGACGCGAAACGGCUGUUCCAGCUCGCGGCGGGAGUCCGCCCGGCUUCGUGCAUAGAAACCGCUAAUGGUCGUGGGCUGGCCAGCGAGGACCGAGUGCGUUCGGAAAUAGCAGGCCUCCUGGACGGCUGCCCGAAACGCACAACCACCUUUGCGAUUGCGAAAGAACUGUCGGUCGAGGUUCGUGACGCGAUAAGGCUGCUUCCGCCUGACGUCCAGUUUGGCGGCAAGUGGUGCAGGCUCGGCGAAUCGGUGUUGAUCGGACCAACCGAGUUCGGCCGCCUGAAGCGUCUGUUGCAGCAAGAAUUGACGCAAGGCAUUGUGACGGUGCGCGAGUUCGUCCAGAAGAAUGAGAUCGACAACGAACUGUUCUUUAAACUUUUGCCGUCGACGAAGGAUGAAAGUUGGACCUGGCUCGAUGCGGAGCAGACCAAAGUGUACAGUGAGAGGUACCGGGAGGAUCUCAAAGAUUCAAUCGCUGCCCAACUGAAUCGUGAUCUUAAGAGCUGCAUUCAGCUCUCCACAUUGAGUACUGCUCCGAUCUCCUUCACCAAGGGUGUCAUCCGGGAUCUUCUGGAUACCGGCAGGGCAGAUGGCUGCAUUGAAGGGGACAGGUUCAUGACUGGGCUUUUCCUCGAACGGCUGCAGACGUCUGCUAGGGACGAGCUGCAUUCGGAGGGGGUUGUAGCCAUAAGCACAUUGCGGGAAGGACACAUAGUUGACCCUCACAAGUGGUUCGAAGCGUUGGUCCCAGAGGUGCAACUGCUUAGCGACCACUUUGUGAGUCCGUGGAUGAUUGAAAACAUUCGAAACACUAUACAGAAGAAGGUCGGGUGGUUGCAGGUGUCGGAGAUCAAGGAUCCCAAGGGACGGUUGACAGCUAAAGACACGAAUGUUUUGUGGCCAAGGUUGCUGGACUCGCUGCCAGAUCUCGUUGCGGCGGAGGGCUUCGUGGUCGCCAAAAGCCUAGAUGCCGAACUGCUGCAGAUGAGCCGAGCGGUGGCAUUGUUGCAGGCGGAAACGGACUGGCGACGAGAGGUCAAGUCGGACAUGAUCGGGAUCGCGAGAGCGCUCUUCCAAUAUUUCAGCGACAAGGCUUCCCUCCACCCCACAUUGCGGUCCGCGUUCGCAAAGCGGCUUGCCUCUUCCUGUCAUGCCGAGUACCAAGCGAUGCUCGAGGAGCGACAGAAACUCAAUGUGGAUGCGGAGAUGGCUACAUUCCUUGACAAAUUCCUCACGAGGUUCCACAUCUACCGCACAGGUGUGGAUGGUUUGGAGAAGUCCGUCCUCAAAAAAGAACUCACUCUCCACCUGCUACAGUGGGCGAGGUUGAACGGCGGCAAGUCGCUGGAAAAGGUUGAAGCAGCCACCAAGGAUCCUAGCGAGGACCUACAGAUGCUCCGCACCGUACUUCGGAGGACGGACAUUGCCCGGCCGCAGGAUUUACUGGCGGAGAUAUCGCUUGCCCUCCGGAGGUUGGAACCUGACGGCAUGGAAGACAUCGUUUCGAGCAGAAGGAAGGCGAUGCUGGUGGGGAUCUAUGGGGACGUUCAGAGCUUCAAAGUGCCUUCCCUGGCGCUGCUAUCGACGCUCACCCUGCUGCACGCGACCAGGUCUACCGGUAUAUUGAAAGUGACGGGCCAGCAUGUCCCCAAGCUCAUACAUGAAGCCUUCAGUGUGGGGUUGCUGAGCGGCCCUCAGCUCGAAAUAAUCAAGAGGGCCAAGGUGGCAGUUAUCGGGGGAGUCGCGAUGACCCCCGAUGACCGUGAGAAACUCCAGGCGAUCGGAAAACAGUGCGUGGGGGCCUUGGGUUUACUCUAAGUGAGGGGUCGGUUGAGGGUACGUAUGAACCUUCAGAGCGCCAUAGCCGCCCUCCUUUCUUUUCUUUUCUCUCCUCUUCAGCCUUCAGUCAGUGUUCACGGCGUUUUUUCGUCGUGCUGUGUGCAGAAUUCGUGUGACUGCCUUCUCGUGUUGCAUCACGAGGAUAUCACUCGUGGAUAACAACGGGUUCUUCUACUUUAUUCCGCUGUAUUCCUUCACCAGUCCGUCGUGCUUUGAUGUCUUCUCUUAGGAGGAGAGGGGAAUGCGAUUUUGUCAGGAAGAUAGUGACAGAAAAAUUCAGGCUGCAGAUCUCCUGAAGCGGUUUAGCGAGAUGAGCACGCAAUCGAAGGUCGAAAUGCUACCAUACGCCCUUGUACGUGUGCAAUAUACUUCCAG